GGCACAUGUUGCCCAAAGGGGCAUAUUUGCCCAUCCUUGUUUUAUUCAUUGCCAUAGGUUUUCGCAUUUUUCUCUUCGCUUCGCUUCUUCUAGCACGUUCUCCUUUCCCCCCGAUUCCAUCUUCCAAGAAAGCAAGAACGGGGGACAAAAGCGAGUGGAGCAAUCAACAAAUCAGCGCCCUCCAGGCUCCAAUCCAAUCCGGUUGCUUCGUCUCCGACGCAACCCCUGGGCGCGCGGCAACCGCUAGAACCUCCCCGCCAUUCUUGUACUCUUCUUGUCCCUUCCUCCCAUCUUCACGCCUCUCCACUUGUCCGGCGCAACUGUUUGGACCAUUUAGGGUUCGUCUGAUUCAGCGUUCCUCAGGGUAAGGAGGUCUUGAGUUGAUAGAAUUCAAAUUAUGGAUUUUCCUGUGGAUCCAAUCAUGAUGUAUAAGUACAAAGCAGAAGUACUUCUUAAGGAAUACUUGCUAGCCGAUUCAUAUGUUCUGUAUGCUGCUGUGCUCGGGGGGAUCCUGAUGUGCAAAUUGUCUUAUGACAUCACACACAUGAUCAGUUCUAUCUACUUCAAAGGUUAUGCUUCUCUUACAAAGAUGCGGAAGAUUGAAUGGAACAACAGGGGAAUGUCCACUGCCCAUGCUAUAUUUAUUACAAUAAUGUCAGUAUAUCUAGUCUUCUUGUCAGGUUUGUUCUGUGAUCAGCUGGAUGGUCCAGUAACAUUUCGGAGUUCACACCUCUCCAAUUUUACAUUAGGGGUCUCUGUUGGAUACUUCAUUGCAGAUCUUGCCAUGAUAUUUUGGUUUUACCCUUCCCUUGGUGGUAUGGAGUAUGUUUUCCACCACAUGGUAUCACUUGUUUGUGCUGUAUAUGCUAUGCUAUCUGGGGAAGGACAGCUAUACACGUACAUGGUUCUCAUCUCUGAAACUACAACACCAGGAAUCAAUCUACGAUGGUUCCUUGAUGUCGCUGGAAGGAAAAAUUCCAAAGCAUACCUUAUCAACGGAAUUGCAAUGUUUGUUACUUGGCUGGUGGCUAGGAUAAUUCUGUUCAUCUACUUGUUUUAUCACAUCUUUAUGAACUAUGAUCAGGUUAAGCAGAUGGACACUUUUGCUCGUCUUCUGAUAUCUGUUGCCCCCACUAUACUCUUCAUAAUGAAUGUAAUGUGGUUUUCCAAGAUCUUAAGAGGUCUCAAGAAGACACUAGCCAAGCGGCAUGUUGACUAGGGGAAUGUGCAUUAUGUACAGGCUACAGCCACGACAUCCAAUCAUCUGUACAUCCAUUUACAACUAUGCACAGAUCUGCACUAUUCAGUAGUCACUAAUGCAGCUACGCUGGUAAUUCAGCUUCUUCAUUGAGCUGGAUGCUCUGUUGAUAUUUUUGGCUAUAGGUGCAUGUCCCUCAUAUAAUUUACUCCAUUUGUAAGUUCAAUGCUUUUAUAUUUUGAAAACUUAGGUUUAUCCUA